AUGGACACUGAGAAGUAUGGAACAUACAGCGCUGGGGAGAAGGUUGUUGUCACGGGGGCACCUACCCAUCGACAAUCACUCAAUGAUGAGCAGCUGUUGGCUGCCAUAGGGCACAAGCAACAGUUGCGUCGGGAAUUUUCAAUAUGGUCCCUUGGCUGCUUAUGUCUCUGCUUGAUGGCAACCUGGGAGGCCUUGUCUUCAGUUGUCGCGACUGCAUUGAUAAGUGGGGGUCAAUACCAUUGGGUCGCUGCCCUCGCUCCUGGGAAUAGUCGAGCUGUUGCCUCUUGGUUCACCGGCUGGAUUUCGAUCGGUGGUCAGAUUGUUCUCACCGCAUCUGCAGCCUUUGCCGGUGGAUUGCAGUUUCAAGCCCUCAUUACCCUGAAUCAUCCCGACAGCUACGUGCCUGAAAGAUAUCAGGGAAUGCUUUUCUACUGGCUCAUUAUUGCAUACAGCACAAUCGUCAAUAUAUGGGGCAUGAAAAUACUCCCGCAUACCAACCUUGCAUCAGGGGUAUUGCAUCUGGCAGGCUUCUUGGUGAUCACCUGUGUUGUUGGAGCACGAUCAGAGAAGCACUCGGCUCACUAUGUGUUCGUUGAAGUCUCAAAUAGCAGUGGCUGGUCGAGCGACGGUGUCGCCUGGUUGGUCGGUCUGCUGAGCUCGGUCUAUCCGUUCCUCGGGUAUGAUGCUGCGGCACACUUGUCUGAGGAGCUACCGCGCCCAUCAAGAAAUGUCCCCUUGGCGAUGGUGGGCUCUGUCGUCGCCAAUGGGAUAAUUGGAUUUAUCUAUUGCUUGGUCCUCCUCUUCUCACUCGGAGAUCUGACCACACUGCUCGAAUCGCCCACCGGAUUUCCGUUCAUGCAGCUCUUUCUCAACACAACGAAUUCUGCCGCAGGUGCCACGAUCUUGACCUUGAUUAUCUGCCUUAUCGCUACCGCAGCAAACGCGGCAGGGCUCACUUCUACUAGUCGAACUUUCUGGGCAUUCGCAAGGGAUGACGCGGCGCCGUUUUCAAAAUACUUUUCCCACGUUCACCAAAAGCUCGAAGUGCCGGUACGAAUGGUGGUGUUGGUGGCGGUGUUACAGGCUCUGCUCGGAUUCAUCUACCUUGGAAACACGACCGCAUUCAAUGCAAUUCUUUCGAUGGCCAUUAUAGGAAUGUAUCUCUCAUAUCUCCUUCCUAUUGUUUAUAUGCUGCUAUUUGGACGCCCCAAACUCUCACCAAGCGAAUAUGGGCCUUUCAAACUCGGGAAAGUGGGUGGUAUGGUGAUCAACGUCGUGGCUAUCUUGUGGCUCGUCUUUGCCAUGGUUUUCUCAACAUUCCCAAGUUUCCAGCCCGUGACGGCGCAGAAUAUGAAUUACAGCACGGUCGUUCUUGCAGGCUGGGUUGCAGGUGGUGCCGUAUACUAUUUCCUGGUUGCAAGGAAGAUUUAUCGUGGCCCUGUGGUUGAGACCGAGAGUGUGACUGUGGGGGAUUCGAAAUAA